AAUCUGUUCUAGGCUGCUGCCCACAUGCUCAAGCUCAGCUGAAUGAGGUCACUCCUGGCGAGAAGCUACCGUCACAACUUCACCAUUCCUUUACAUCACAUCUUUUGUCUAUCCUUCACUUCUCCAACCUUUUCUUCGUACCGCGACUUUUUUCUAUUUCGCCCAAAUCUUGGGCAUACUCUCCCUUUCUAUUCUCGUUUCAUUCUGUUAUCUUUCCUUUGUGUACUUCUAUCCUCAAAUCUCCCCCCACUGUUACUUUGAUCAAAAUGGUGGCCUUUUGGCCCUGGGGGGGCGAAUCCUCCUCAACUGCCUCCUUCGAGAAGACCCUCUCUACCCUGUCAACUAAAAUCACUGACACUCAAGCGUCCCUCGACAAGGUCCGCGCAAGCUCUCGCCGCGCUCGCGUCAUCUGGACACUCUACCUCAGUUUCGCCUAUCUCGUCUAUGCGAUCGUUCUCUUACUUGUCGUCGGAUAUAACAAUCUCGGCGCUUUCGAAUGGGGCGGUCUUACCGGUGGCCCAGUGCUCAUCUACGUUACACGCACGACCCUGGCCGCAUAUUACAACUUUCGCAUCGAGAGCCUAAGCGCUCGUCUCAAGGACCAUCAGUCAGAGCGCGCGAAGACGAUCCAGAAACUCAAGGAUGCCACUAAAUAUGACUCUACCAUGGAAUUGAUCGAGAAGUACGGCGGGGCUGAUGGAAAGAGCAAGGGCAAGAAGAAGGAUGGCGAACAAAAUGCCGACGAUACGCCCAACAAGCAGCGACCUAAUGGUCCUCCGCAGGGAGCUCCCGGACGAACGCGCAUGCCCCCUCCUCCGACAGCCAACAUCCAGCGCCCGCAUAGCCCAAUGCCAGCUCCAAACCCCAUGGAACCAAGUGCUGAAUUUGCUCCCAACGCUGAAUUCACUGAACCUCCUCCUCCGCCUCCUAUCGUCCCUGGUACUCCUCAGCCUCCUCCGAUGCCAACCGGAUACGCCUCAUACCAGACCGGACCCCCUGAAUCUCACUGGUACGACCGUAUCUUUGACGUUCUUCUCGGCGAGGAUGAGACUGCGCCCAAGAAUCGAAUUGUUCUCAUCUGCAAAUCAUGCCGACUUGUCAAUGGCCAAGCUCCCCCUGGAACCAAGACGCUUUCCGAGGUCGGGCAAUGGAGGUGCAUGUCCUGCGGUGCUCUCAACGGAGAGAUCGACGAGGGAAAGCGCAUCAUGAACGAGGUUCUCGAUGCCGCCAAAGAUGCUCCCACAGAUGGCGAGAGCGCUCAUGAAGACUUCGCUAGUGACAAGGGUGAGCCUCCCAUGAUCGAGGUGGGCAAGUCAGGGAUCAAGGAGGAAGACGAUGACGGUCCAGCCGCAAGCGUUAAGAAACGCCGAGGCAAGGGCAAGAAAUGAUCUGUAUCUACUAUGUAAUUCUAUACGAGCACCACGGUGUUGACAAAUACGGGAAUGAGGUUUGGGUUUGGGUUUGUUUAAUAAUGCAAAUACUUUGGAACUUGCUCACCCUGGACUAGUCUGUCAAGGAGAGCAUUGGGUCAUGAAUCUUUGGUCGCUACGUAUAGUUCUCGUUGAGGAAACCAUAAGAUAUUUUAGUUUCCCGAUACGCUCUCCUGUCCCCUGCGGAUGUUACUGGCCAGAGACCGGCGUGUGCAUGACGUUCAUCUGCAAGAGUUCCUCAAUUAGGAGUUGUUGAGAGCAGUCAUCCUCCGAACAACAUUGGUAAUGAUAAGGGACUCUGUAUCGCCAUGAACUACAGGACCUUUGAAUCUUUGGACAACCGUAGAGAACGUUGGCUGUGUGAGGGCCGACACCAUGAAGGCCAUACCCUCAAUUGCCCAUAUCUUUCAUCCCAUCCCAUCUCAUCGCCCACUUGAGUUGUGUCCUUAA